AUGAAGAACUUCAAGGCAAGCUUCUCAAGGUGGAAGAGAUUCGAGAUCGUCAAAAAAAGGGACGUCCGGGUUCCCGAAAAGAUGGUGGCCUAUGUCAUUGGUGGAAUCAAGAAUGGCAGCAAGUCCUCUCGAAAGAAUCAAGUCAAUACCAUGCGACAAGUACGCAGUCAGACGAAACUGCAAAAGAAGAUUAAACGAAAGGAAAAGAUCAAGAAUAAGCGCAACAACAAGACGAAACCCUUUUCCCAUCCUGCCACGACCUCUACCACGAUGAUGAUGGACAGCGUUCCUGAAGUCCAAUUUGUUGGUGAAAAUUCUCACAAGCUAGAUCGACAAAAUAUUUUUCGAUAUAUUUGUUGCAUUCUAAACCGGCUGAAUAUUUUUUCAAACAACAAAAAUGACUCCAAGAAUCAUCGAAUGAAGGUUGACACAAAUACACUAGUCCUACUCGCAGUUCCAGUUACAUUAAUUGCAAGCUUAUAG